AUGGAUGGAGCUAAACACAGCUGCAGCCAACCCAUCUCCACAGCUCGUACGCGUCCCCCAUCCCCUCUCUCUCGGGCUAUCCCCCCCACCCUGUCCCCCCAUCUGCGCCGCCCACACCCGCUUUUCAUCCCGGUGCCCACGAAGCACCCGCCGCCUUGCGGGGGGGGGGCACUCCAGCGUCCUCUCCAUCCCCCGGCGCGAUCCGCCCCCCCCCCCGACCCCGACCUCCAUCCUGGGCGCUCGCCCCCCUGCACAUGCCGCGGCCACGCCCUUCCGUCUACCCCUCACCGGCCGGAGCUGCCUCCUUUCGGCAUAACCCCCCCUUCCCACCGCCACGAAUCCACCUGGUGUGAAUGCGGACCCGCCCCUCGCCGACUUCGCCUCCCACCCGCCCGCCGCCUCCUUCUCCCCCCCCCGCCGGGCCUUCUGGUCCCGCGCUCGCGCCACGCCACACCGCCCCGCCCCGCGGUCUCACCCCCCCCACCCCCCCUCCACCCACCUCCGAGUGCCUCAGCCCCAGCUCCUCGCGACGCACCCUGCGAGUCCCCUUAUUCCCCACAGCUCCCUCUCCCCCCCCCGCCCCCAGAGCCCCUUUCCUCUCCCACAUCCCCCGCCCCCCCCCUCCGCCGCUUCCAGGCCGGGUCACCCCUCUCGUUCCGUGGCCCCCUUGCGCGCUCCUUGUCUCCCCCCCCUCCUUCCCCACCUACCCGCGGCGGGCGCAGGGAUGUAAAUCUGCUUCACUCUCCCUCGAUGUCCUGCCGUAUGUAG